AUGCAGCCAUUCAAUCUUACUGCUACUGGGCACAACCUAAACUAUCUCCCUGAAUAUAUCGCACGUCGACAUGGAUUUUUCGAGGAGCAAGGACUCGAUGUCAAAGUUUCUAUUCCCAACCCAUGGGACGGCGUCCUUGAUGCACUCGCUGAUGGCACAGCCGACAUGGCUCUUGGUGGCAUUUGGGUGCCGGCAAUGUACCGCAACCGGGUGAAAGACUACACGGUCUUUGCACAAAUUGCGAAUCGCUGCCCUCUUGCCCUGCUCUGUCGUAGCCCGGCAAAAGACUUCAAGAUCGCGGAUGUGGCUGGAAAGACAGUUUUGAUGAAGGGUAUCGGCGGAGCCAGCGCCGGUCUAUUCUUCAAAAUGUUUUUACGCGAGAACAAGGUUGACCACCGAUCUGUCGAUUAUAUCCAGGAUCUCGAUGGGAAGAUGCUGGGCGAGUUGUUUGAAGGGGGAAUGGGCGACUAUUUCGUGACGGACAACCUCUCGGCCAAGGCGAUGAGUGAGCGGAAUCCCAAAAUCUCCGUUGCGAUGCAAAUGGUCUCGCAAGGUGAAAUUCCAUGGAGUGUAUACUACCAGGAGACCGCGACCAUCACGCCCGAGGGCCUUGAUGCACAGAGGCGGUUCUGCUUAGGCCUCCGUAAGGGUAUCGAAUGGGUUCUGGAACAUGACGCAGAAUCAUACAAGGACGAGCUCGUCGAACUCUUCCCCAAUAUCCCAGUUGAUGUCGCUGUUGCUGUGACCAAUUCUUUCCGUCGCGAUGGCAUGUGGACGACACCAAUCAUUCCGCGCCCUGCUUUUGACCGUUGGCAGCUGGGACUUGCCGAAGCUCAGCUACUUGAGGAGCCCUUCUUAUACGAAAAUCUGGUCAAUGAUGGGCCUGCAGUGAAGGCUCAGAGGAUCUCCGGGCCCUCGAGCAGUGGCAAGACAACCCUGGCGCGGCUACUGCAGCGAGUAUUCUGCGGGGUGAAUCUCAAGCCCAAGGACACCCAUCUAAACACGUUCAUAAUCCACGAAGACGAUUUCUACUUCCCGGACGACAAAAUCCCCUACACAACCACCCGCACCGGCGCAAAAAUCCAAGACUGGGACACAGCUGCCGCAAUCGACAUCCCCUUCCUCUCGCAAGCACUCCACUACGUGCGCGAAAACGGCACACUCCCGCCGCGCCUCCGGAGCAAGGAAGACCAGAACUACCAGACGCAUUCCGGCGUGUCGGACGAGGUCGUGCAGAAGUUGCGGGACGAGGUUGAUGCGCGGUUGCGCGGGGAAGCAGCAGCGGACAGCACGGCGAACCCGACGGUUUCGUUCUUAGAGGGGUUUUUGCUGUUUGCGCCGCCUGGGCAGGAACGGCACGUGCUUCGUUCUGUUAGUGAUGCUAUUCAUCUUCGGCUCUUUUUGCCGGCGCCGUAUGAGCUUGUUAAGGCGAGGCGCGAGGGGAGGAAUGGGUAUGUGACUGUUGGGCCGGCGCCGCAACCGCCAGUUCAUACUCAUGAUACUGCGGGUGCGGGUGCGGGUGGGGAAGGGGCGGGGGGAAAGACGAGGACGGAGGUUGAUCUUGAUGCUGAGGAUGAUCGGCCACCGCAGAAUUUCUGGGUCGAUCCGCCUGGGUAUGUGGAUGAUAUUGUUUGGCCGCAGUAUGUGAUAGAUCAUUCUUGGUUGUUGAUUGCCGAGGAUGGAGAUAAAGAGGAGAAGGGUGAGAGCAAGGAUCAAGAGAAGGCUGAUCUUGUUCGGAGGGUUGGGGAUGGGACUAGGGCUAGGACUGAUGUUGGGGUCGAGGUUGCGCCGGGAUAUGGGAGGGAAGGAAUGGAUGUUGUUUUAAGGUGGGCUGUCGAGCUGAUUCUGGGAUAUUAUUUAGAUCAGACGUAG